AUGCCGCGACCCUCACGUGAAUCUUAUGGCGAUCAGAAACCACCGUAUUCCUAUAUUUCCUUGACGGCGAUGGCGAUUUGGAGUUCACCAGAGCGCAUGCUGCCACUGUCGGAGAUCUACCGGUUCAUCACGGACCGUUUUCCGUACUACCGGCGCAAUACACAGCGUUGGCAGAACUCGCUGCGGCACAAUCUCUCGUUCAACGACUGCUUUGUGAAGGUACCACGUCGCCCUGAUAGGCCUGGCAAAGGAGCUUAUUGGACCCUACACCCGCAGGCCUUUGACAUGUUUGAGAAUGGCUCUCUUCUUCGUAGACGGAAGAGGUUCAAGCUGCAAAAGGGCGAGAAAGACAAUUUAAACGCAGAAUUGGCAGCGCUUGCAAGUUUUAACCGCGCAUUCUUGGCACGUCAAGCCGGCGCACCGCCACCACCACCAGCCAUGCCUUCUGCUAGUUUGUACACGCCACCCCUUUGUCCUCAAUUGAGUCCUGAGCCGGCGGAGAUUCCUGAAGCAGCAGCAAUUACAAUGUUCCCGCAGAGGCCUAGGAGAGCGUUCACAAUCGAAGCAUUAUUGGAGCCAGACUCACCUCGGUUGUCACCGUCGCCGCCGCAGCCGCAGGUGAUGUCAAUAGCAACCAUGCCGCGGUUGGACUUGACAAUGCCGAGCCCGUACGUGCUGGCGGCGCAGCGCUAUCACGCGGAGCUGCUGCAAGCGGCAGCACACGCGCUUCGACCCUGUUACUUGCCGCCGCCGCCGCUGCCCGUCGCGUGA